AACGGUCGAGUCGUCGGAGGAUCGUUAAGUAGAGGAGAUUUACGUCGGACUCUGGCACCGUAUGCGGUUCUUCGUCCGCAGAGCGCCAUGUUGGUGCCAGUCUUCCCACCGGAACUUUGCCAGAACAUACUGGACCUCUGCUACGACCGUCGUUCUCUCUCGGCGUGCAGCUUGACUUGCCGUGCGUGGGAGAAAUGGGCUCGCCGUCGUCUCUUCGAGGCCGUCAAGCUUACAAAGGUCGAUCACUGUCUCUCCUUCGUUGCCAUCCUGAAGUCGUCGGUAUCGGCAGGCACCAACAUACGAGACUAUGUCCGGACUGUCAGUUUCAGCUCUUAUGGAUACGCCCGGCCUAAAUGGCGCGACGCUGCUCGAUGGGCGUUUCGUCACCUGCCGAACAUCGUAUCAUUGCAUUUGACCUUUUGCAACUACAACGAACUCGUCGCCUGGGCUUCCUGCGACGAACAGGUGGACAUCAAUGCUGCCUCGCGGUCUAUAGGUUCUCUGUUCUCUUCAUCCAAGAUUUCGAGCCUCAGCAUUUCCUGGGUGUCUUUCAAAUCUUGGGAAGACUUCUGGACGCUCUGUACAUGUUUCCCGUGCCUUACGAGACUAGAACUUGGGGACAUGGAAUUUGACCAACCACUACAGCCGGAGCACCCAGUACUAGAGUUUCCGGUGCUCAAAACACGGCGAUCAUCCUAUGUGGUUUAUCACGGUAUCUAUUCGAGCUUCGUCUACGACAGGUAGACUGUAUCUGCGCUGGAGGCGACUUUCGCAUGUUCGAUGUCAUCAUGUCAUCAGAGCAGUCUCUCGAAUAUCUACACCUAACGUUUUGGAAUGACUCAU